CGGACCCCUCCACCUCCUCCGAGAAAAACAACAGCCUCAAUGGCUUCCAAACGACCGCUGCAAUCCCUCGUCUCCACCGCCUCGUCGUCGCUGCGGCCUGCGCAAUCGUCCAAAACGUCCUUUGUGCGGACCUCCGCAUGCGCAUUUUCAACCACAACCCCAUCCAAGGCGGCCGAAUUCGACACAGAAGCUGAGGACCGGCCGCGAUGGAAGCAGACACCCGUGCGCAUGGUGGCCCCUUUUAGAAUACGGCCACAGGCAAGAGGCGGCGUUUUCAAGGUCAAUGAGGACCCCAAGCGGUUAGACGAUGCCUAUGUGCGCAUGUUGGGCCCUGGAGGCGACAAGGUGCUGGGAGACGAAGUCAAGUGGCUAGCGGUGACACACAAGAGCUUCGAACACGGAAAGCGGGGGUUCAACGACCGAUUGGCAUAUCUGGGAAGGAGGAUUGUUGAACUGCAGACAUCACAAGCACUGAUCAACUCGCCGCAAGAAAGUCAAUGGCCCAGAGAUUCCAAUGGUGUACCUAUGAGCGACGAAUUCGGCCGGAAACCGUACCUUCACCCCGCUUUGACCGGACUGCAGGGCUUGACCGAAGAGGCAGAAAAUAUGGUGCUGAGCAAGUCACGAUUAGCCCCAAUAGCAGAACGGUAUGGUCUGGAUAAGGUCACUCGGUGGAAACCCCGGAGGGCGGACCAGCUCCAGGCGUCUGGUCUUGAAUCUGUUCUCAUGACUUCGCUGUAUGCCAUUGUUGGAGCGGUGGCGCUCGAGCGAGGCGGCGAGGUAGCCAACAAGGUUGUGCAGGACAAGAUCCUUACACCACUGGGCUUUAGCUUUUCGCCCGAUUCAUGACCUGAACACGACACGAACUUGAAUUUUUCGUGUACAAGACCACCGUUCCGAAAUCUGUACCAUAUUGUAAACAAAACAUGACACGGUGCAUGUCAUGAUUCUGUACCAUUGUGACUAGCCUGUUGUCUUUGUCGCUCUAGCCGACAGGUGAUACGAAUGAUUCAGUCCAGGAGCUCAUCAGGCGAUAAAGUGGAGUAUCCAUCUGACCGUUUCACC